UGUUGCCUCAGUUAUGUGAUCAGCUGUGUCCAAUCACAGCUGAUCGCAUCAUCCUUCAGAGGGGACAUGUGCACUGAUUAUCAGGGCACUGAUGAUCAGUGUGCCCUGAUGAUCUGUGUAGCCUCAGCAGUGCCACCUGUCAGUGUCCAUCAGUGCCAGCUGUCAGUGCUCAUCCAUGCCACCUGCUAGUGUCCAUUAGUGCCACAUCAAUGCCACAUAUCAGUGCCUACCAGUGCACAUCAAUGCCACAUAUCAGUACCCAUUUGAGUUGCCUUUCAGUGUCACCCAUCAGUGCCACCUAUCAAUGCCAGUCAGUGCCGCCUAUCAGUGCUGCCAAUCAGUGCUGCCUAUCAUUGCCAAUCAGUGCCGCCUAUCAGUGUGCAUCAGUGCCGCCUAUCAGUGCCCGUCAGUGCUGCCUAUCAGUGCCGCCUAACAGUGCCAGUCAGUGCCGCCUAUCAGUG